AUGUUCACCAUUCCUUUCUUUCUCAUCUUCAACUUCCUUUUACUUUCUUUCUUUCUCCCUUUCUUUCUAUCUCUCUUUCUUUCUUUUUUCUUUCUUUUUUCUUUCUUUCUUUCUUUCUUUCUUUCUUUCUUUCUUUCUUUCAUCAGAUAUUUCUUUUUAUUAGAUCACUUAUCUCUCUUUUCUUUCUUUCUUUCUUUCUUUCUUUCUUUCUUUCUUUCCUUCUUUCUUUCUUUCUUAGCCUUAUCUCACUCCUUUCUUUUUUUUCUUUCUUUCUUUUUCUUAUAUUAUCCUAUUUUUUCUUUUAACUCCUUUCUAGUUUUCCUUGUUUAUUUAUUUUUCUUUCUUUCUUUCUUUCCUUCUUUCUUUCUUUCUUUCUUUCUUUCUUUUCAUUUGCUUUCCUUUAGCUUCUUUCUUUUUUUCUAUGCUUUCUCCUUUUACCUUUUCCCACGUUUUAUUUUCUUUUUCUUUCUCUCUCACCUUUCUUUCCUUCUUUCUUUCUUUCAUCAGAUAUUUUUUAUUAUUACAUUGCUUAUUUAUCUCUGUUACUUACCUUCCCUCUUUUCUAUUUCAUUUCUUCCUUUCUCUAAUCUUUCUUUGCUUUCUUUCUUUCCUUCCUUCUUUCUUGCUUUCCUUCUUUCUUUCUCCUUUUCCUACAUUUCAACUUCCUUAAUUCAUUCUUUCUCGUCUCUUUUAUUGUUCUUUCCUUCCGUUUCUUUUUAUUUUCUCUUCUUUUUUUCUUUCUUUUUUUCCUUCUUUCUCUCUUUAAGUAAUAUUCCCGUCUUUCUAUUUAAAUGA